UCAGCACUUGAUUUCUAAGUUCGCUGAUUAUAAUCCGUCGGUCUCUCACCUCUUGCUCAACAUGAGCGUUACAGCAAACUAGCGCGCUAAGCUUACGAUCCGACAGCUUGCUCACGUCCACGUCAUUUGCUGACAACACAGCAAUCGAUGUCAAAUCGCGGGAAGUAAAAUAACAUACCAAGGUCAAUAUUCCCCCUUAUUAUCCGAUCACACAGUACUUUGAACAGAGCAUUCCGCAGGUCUCUUUAUUACAAUGCCCACCGCCACGGUUCAAGAUUCUGCGCCAGAGCAUCACAGACUCGCUAAAACGAAUGGGGCCCACAAUGGCUCCUUUAGUCCUGCUUGGGUGCCUUCUCGAGUAGAAGACGCCACACUAGGAACCACUGGGUUCUCCUUUGAUACAGUAGAGGAGGCACUUACCGCAUUCGCGCGUGGUGAACCUGUUGUUGUUAUGGAUGACGAGCGAAGAGAGAACGAGGGUGAUAUAAUUAUUUCCGCGAGUCAGUGUUCCGUGGAAGCCAUGGCAUGGAUGAUCAAGCAUACGAGCGGGUAUAUCUGCAUCUCUCUUCCCGAGGAGCGUCUCAAUGAACUCGAAAUUCCCAUGAUGGUUCCCGAAAACCAGGAGCGACACAAAACUGCUUACACCAUCACCAUAGACUACAAGCAUGGCACAACAACUGGCAUUUCCGCUCAUGAUCGAUCUCUCACCGUGCGGAAGUUAGUCGAUCCCACUUCGACUGCAUCCGAUUUUAGUCGUCCAGGGCAUAUGGUGCCUUUGCGAGCACAGAACGGUGGCGUUCUAGAACGCAGAGGUCAUACGGAAACGGGUGUCGAUCUCUGUGCCCUUACCAAUCAACCUCUAGGGGGAGUGUUAUGCGAGCUCGUGAAUGACGAUGCGUUGGGCACUAUGGCGCGGCGCGAUGAUUGCCGAUCGUUUGCCGAUCGAUGGGGCCUGAAAAUGAUCAGCGUGGAUAUGCUGGUACAGUACAGAAUAGCAAUGGAGAGCAAAAGUAGUACGACAUCAUGACGGAUAAAAGGGAUGUGUACUGAUUAGUGUAUACUUAUAUAUAGAGCAUUGUACACCGACCACACUCUAGACAUCCAUCCCCUCAGGGAUUCCAUGGAAAAGCUGAGGGAACGUAUUUAAGAUCCUGAGAUCGCUGUCCCCAAGAUAAGAACACUAUCUUUGACCAUGAUAUCAAGAUCGUAGCGACGGCCCGCCGCCAGUCCCCGACUCCCUUGA